UAAGCCCUCGCUUCUGUUUAAUUUCCACCUGUGUACUAUCUGGGCAGAUCAUCGUCAUCAAAAGAUCAGAGUGCUGUGUACAAUAAUGGCGGAGAAUUCCCUCUUCUCUCCUUACAAGAUGGGCAAGUUCAACCUCUCUCACAGGGUUGUGCUUGCGCCCAUGACGAGGUGCAGAGCGUUGAAUGGAGUUCCACGGCCAGCGCUUGCGGAGUACUACGCUCAAAGGUCAACCAACGGCGGGUUUCUCGUAAGCGAGGGCACUUUGGUCUCCAACACAGCCGCCGGGUUUCCGCAUGUUCCUGGGAUAUACAGUGAAGAACAAGUGGAGGCAUGGAAGCAGGUGGUGGAUGCAGUUCACGACAAAGGUGGCAUCAUUUUCUGCCAAUUGUGGCAUGUCGGCCGGGCAUCUCAUCAAGUUUAUCAACCUGGCGGGGCCUCACCAAUUUCAUCAACGAACAAUCCCAUAUCGAAUAGGUGGAGAAUUCUGAAGCCAGAUGGGUCCUAUGGCACAUAUCCGAAGCCAAGAGCCCUGGAAACUUAUGAGAUACUGGAUGUUGUGGAGCAUUAUCGCAAGGCAGCCUUGAAUGCCAUUCGAGCAGGUUUUGACGGAAUUGAGAUUCAUGGGGCGCAUGGCUACCUCAUUGACCAAUUCUUGAAGGAUGGGAUCAAUGACAGAACGGACGAGUAUGGCGGGUCAAUUGCAAAUCGGUGCAGAUUUUUAAUCCAGGUGGUUCAAGCAGUAGUUGCAGCCAUUGGCGCAGAACGAGUUGGUGUCAGAAUUUCACCAGCAAUUGAUCACCUUGAUGCCACAGACUCUGACCCGCUUGGCCUAGGGUUGGCAGUGAUUGAUAGACUCAACAAGCUUCAGCUGGAACUGGGCUCAAAGCUCACUUAUCUCCAUGUGACUCAGCCUCGAUACACCGCUUACGGCCAAGCGGAAUCCGGCAGACCCGGCAGUGAAGAAGAGGAAGCUAAGCUGAUGAGGGCCCUGAGAAAAGCUUAUCAUGGAACAUUUAUCUGCAGUGGUGGCUUCACUCGGGAGCUAGGAUUGGAAGCUGUGGCUGAGGGUGACGCUGAUUUGGUAUCCUAUGGACGCCUUUUUAUCUCAAACCCAGAUUUGGUGUCGAGGUUUAAGAUCAACGCACCCCUAACUAAGUAUAUCAGAAAAACCUUCUAUACCCAGGAUCCUGUUGUUGGAUACACAGACUACCCAUUUCUGGAACCAUUAUCCCGCCUCUGAUGAGCUCCAUGCGUACGGCCUUUGCAUAUCUUGUUUUUGUGCUUCAUGAUCUGGAUUUUCCUUCUUGUUGAGAAAGAAUAGCUAACUUGUUCACAGAAUCAUUAAGUUAUGCAUGUGGGGUACUCUAAUGUAAUAGAAAUGGCAGCAAAGGCCGCAUCACUUUGUAAGAGUUUUUUUUUUAAAAAAAAAAUAUUUUGUAAGCUUAGCAUUUCUCAUAAGAUAAUAAUACAUGAUCUUCAAAUA